ACACCACAGUCCACACUCCACACACAUCCCUCCCUCCCCAACUGGGAUUAUCUGCUUCUUUGUUCAUUUCCUCUGGUUGCUCUAAUCGAAGCAGAGAGGAAGACAUAGAUAGAGAGAUGGUGAUAGGAGCAGACGGCGUCGUAUGGAUUGAAGGAGAGCAAGGGCAAGAGCAAGACAACUCGGAUUCUUGGACCAGAAACACCAGCAACAACAACAACAAUGGAGGAAGCAAUGGGAUGGGGUCUAAAGACGAUGAGGCAGAUAUUUCCGCCAUGAAUGGGUCCUUCUCGACCUUCAAAUCCAUGCUCGACACAACUGUUGACUGGUACAUGAACCCGCCGCCACCGCCGCCAGCUUCUCGUCACCUUGACCUUCUGAGCAGCCAGGAAAUCAGAGAGAUCUCAUUCUACGCAAACCCAUCAGCUGAAACGCUUCUAUUGCAACAUUCGAUGGACUCCUCCUCUUCAUGUUCUCCAUCACAGCCAUUCACUCUCGACCCCACGCAGUCCCACUCCUCAUUCUUGUCACCCAAACCUUGUUUCUCUUCUCUCCUCAACAUCCCCUUCGACAAUGCCUUUGAUUUCGGGUCCGAACCCGCUUUCCUCUCCCAAUUUCCGCCUACCCAUGUCUCGAAUCUGACGGAUUUCAGCAGUCCGGACUUUCAAGCCGCCCAGCUGCUCCCGGUUUCCGAUGGAAGCGGAGGCGGGGGUUAUGGUGUUGUCGGAGGUUUUGAUGGGUUUGAUAAUACUCUGUUCUUGAACAGAGGAGCCAAGGCUUUGAGGUCACUGGAAGUCUUGCCUCAGCCCACUUUGUUCCAGAAACGGGCGGCUUUGCGGCAGAGCUCUGAUAGAUUGGGGAACCUGGAGGUCUCGGGCCUGAGAUAUGGAGAUUUGGAGAGAGAAAUGAAGAGGAAGAGGAGCGAGGAGGGAGAGAUGGAGGAGGCCAGCAUGGAUGUUUCUUGUUUGAAUUAUGAUUCCGAUGAGCAGAAGGACGAGAGUACCAAGUGCAAUUCGAAUGCAAAUAGUACAGUGACGGGAAAUGGUGGAGGUGCUGCUGGUGAUUUGAAGGGGAAGAAGAAGGGGAUGCCAGCGAAAAAUCUGAUGGCUGAGAGACGGAGGAGGAAGAAGCUCAACGACAGGCUCUACAUGCUAAGGUCUGUAGUACCCAAGAUCAGCAAGAUGGAUAGAGCUUCAAUACUUGGAGAUGCCAUUGAUUACUUAAAGGAACUUCUUCAGAGGAUCAAUGAUCUUCACAAUGAAUUGGAGUCAGCCCCACCUGGUUCUUUGCUGCCAUCAUCAACAAGCUUCCAUCCUUUGACACCCACCCCAUCUACUCUUCCAUGCCGUGUCAAAGAAGAACUAUGCCCUGGCUCAUUGCCAAGCCCUAAAGGCCAGCCUGCAAGGGUGGAGGUUAGGGUAAGAGAGGGAAGGGCUGUCAACAUUCACAUGUUUUGUGCUCGCAGGCCAGGCCUUUUGCUCUCCACCAUGAGGGCUUUGGACAACCUUGGAUUGGACAUUCAGCAGGCUGUCAUCAGCUGUUUCAAUGGUUUUGCAUUGGACGUGUUCCGGGCUGAGCAAUGUAGGGAAGGCCAAGAUGUCUUGCCUGAGCAGAUAAAAGCAGUACUUCUGGAUUCGGCAGGCUUUCAUGGUAUGAUGUAGCUGGGAUGGUUGGAAUCCAUGGUUAUCCAUCAAAACUGAGACACUAACUUUAGUUCGGAUAAUUUGUAAAUCGCUUGGCUUCUCGGGAGUCAAUAAACUUGUUAACUGAGUUUGUAGGUUCACUUGGUUAUGGUAUGUUUGUGCUUAGUUAUGCUGCAACUGCACAUGAAACGUCUUCUCUUAGAAUAAAAUCUCCUCUUAGAAUUUAUUUGCUUGGUUUA